GGCACACUUGACGCGCCCUGGUCAAUUAGCCCGUCCGGCGCCGGCUUGCCGCCAUGGGACCCAUGGCCGACCCGCGGCGUGAGGGGCGAGCGCUCACCCAGGAGAUGGUGUUCAUGCGGACCAAGUGCAACCGCAUGGACCUCAUCAAGAACCUGAACCUUUGGGGCAACGAUUUGCAGGACAUCAGCGUGAUUCAGUGCAUGCCCAACCUGGAGGUGCUGAGCCUGAGUGUGAACCAGGUCUCUACGCUAGUGGACCUCCAGCACUGUCCGCGGCUUUCGGAGCUCUACCUGCGGAAGAACGAGAUCGUAGACCUGUCAGAGAUCCUGUAUUUGCGGCGGCUGCGCCGGAUGAAGGUCCUCUGGCUGGCAGACAACCCUUGUGCAGACUUGCCGUACUACCGGCAGUACAUCCUUCAUCACCUGCCGGGCCUCACGAAGAUUGAUGCUGAGGACGUGACGGAGGAGGAGCGAAGAGAAGCGCAGAUGUUGGACUUUGCGGGCCUCGAAACCAACGGGGGCGAUGGCCCUGCGGAGGACUACGCCGAAGAGUACGACAGCGCCGGCCGGCGCCGUGCCGGCAGCGAAGACAUGGAGGCGCUGGCCCGGGCACAGGCCCAAGAGGAGCUGCGCCGUGUGCAGAGCUCCCCAGUGGACCGCCUCAGCGCGUCGCGGCCGCAUGAGCGGCGGCCUUUGGGAUAUCGCCAGGAGGAGUCUCCGGAGCACACAGGCCAAGGGAGGGCGGCUUAUCGCUCCGCACCACUGCGAGAACCGCUGCUGGAGGACGAGGACCUAAUCGAGCAGCGGCGCGUGCCCCAGAGGAGGCCUACCCGUCCAGAGCAGCGCGGAUCUAGGACGGAUUUGCCACCCACUGGUAUGCGCGAGGCAAAUUGGGAGGAGCGGGACAGCCGCAAUGGCACGCCCAAGCAAGACCCACCAGGACGCGCAGCGGCCUGGGGCGACAUGCAGCGGCCAAGCGAGGAGCUGCCACCGCAGGCCCCGACUUGCGAUCUUGCUUGUUGAGUCCGCUCGCUUUCGGUGCUCGUGGCCUGGACACCCAACUUGAGAAGUUAUUCAUCCGGUGCACCUAAUCAACGCAGAGGCUCAAGGACGCCAGACGCAGAAACAAAACCGUCGCACUUACUUGAAUCAGAGCUAUGACAGAGGCUGAAGCAGUCAUCCGCAACGAGUCCGGCUACAUCACCCACACAGCCAAGAAGGACUUCGGUCCUUUGGAGUUCACGGGCAAGAUUGGGG